AAAACAUCCUCUCGCGAGACUUGUACUUUGAAAGGUCGAUCCAGUGUGGUGAGCAGCUUCAGGCGUAACAUCCCCACAAGGACAGUUCAGGCUAUUCGAGCUCAGUCAUUGUAACAUUUAUUAUCAAAGAGGUCCCACCAUGCGAGGAACAUACCUCCUCCUGAUCCCCGCUCUGCUCCUCCUCGUGGCCUUUCCUGUUUCCAGGGGACGCUACAAUGAUGAUUUCGACGACGGUGAGGACAUAGCAGACUUUGAUGACAAUGACUUUGCUGAGUUCGAGGACAUGAACGAAGAUCAAGCAGCCGAGGCCGAAACUGCCCCACCACCCCGUGCGUCCCAGUCCUCGCAGCAUGAGGAGGACGAGGAUGAAGAUGAAGCCACUGUGGAGCUGGAGGAUGGCCAGGAUGGUUUUGACGACUCAGAGACACAGGAUCAAGACAUAUACAGCAAAUACGACCAAGAGGAGUUUGAGGGGAUUGGAGACAUGGAGAAGACAGGACACUCCAUGAAGGACCCCCUGAUAAUCCACACAGUUCCUGCACAUCUGCAGAACAGCUGGGAGAGUUACUACAUGGAGAUCUUGAUGGUGACCGGCCUGUUGGCCUAUAUCAUGAACUACAUCAUCGGCAAGAACAAGAACAGUCGGCUCGCUCAGGCCUGGUUCAACUCUCACAGAGAACUUCUGGAGAGUAACUUUGCACUCGUGGGUGAUGACGGCACCAGUAAAGAAGCAGUGAGCACCGGAAAGCUGAACCAGGAAAAUGAACACAUCUACAACCUGUGGUGUUCUGGACGCGUGUGCUGUGAAGGGAUGUUGAUCCAACUCAAGUUCUUAAAGAGGCAGGACCUGCUCAAUGUUCUGGCAAGGAUGAUGAGGCCAGCGUGUGAUCAAGUGCAAAUCAAAGUUACUCUUAAUGAUGAGGACAUGGAUACUUUUGUGUUUGCUGUUGGCACCAAAAAGGCCAUGGCCAGGCUCCAGAAGGAGAUGCAGGACUUGUGUGAGUUCUGCGGGGACAAGCCAAAGUCCGGGGCCAAGCACGGGCUCCCGGACUCCCUGGCCAUUCUUAGCGAGAUGGGCGAGGUCACAGAUGGGGUGAUGGACAACAAGAUGGUGCACUACAUCACCAACCAUGCUGACAAGAUCGAGUCCAUCCAUUUCUCGGACCAAUUUUCUGGUCCAAAAGUUAUGCAAGAGGAGGGUCAGCCUUUAAAGCUUCCUGAGACAAAGAAGACACUCCUGUUUACAUUUAAUGUGCCUGGCAUGGGCAACACCUCUCCCAAAGACAUGGACAGUCUGCUUCCUCUGAUGAACAUGGUGAUCUACAGCAUCGACAAGGUCAAGAAGCUGCGUCUCAACAGAGAGGGUAAGAUGAAAGCAGACAGAAACCGUGCCCGUGUGGAGGAGAACUUCCUGAAGCAGACUCACGCUCAGCGUCAGGAGGCAGCCCAGACGCGCCGCGAGGAGAAGAAGAGAGCCGAGAAGGAGAGGAUCAUGAAUGAGGAGGAUCCUGAGAGACAACGUCGUCUUGAGGAAGCAGCUCAGCGCCGCGAGCAGAAGAAGAUCGAGAAGAAGCAGAUGAAGAUGAAGCAAAUCAAAGUGAAAGCCAUGUGAAAAAAUCACCACAGGGAUUCUGGUCAUGACAAGCACACAUAAAAGCAGUGCUCAGCUUCGACAGUUCUCUCCAGCUUCUCUCACCACAGCCCGCAGCUCCAGCUCACAGUCGCUCCAGCUCUUAUCAGACGUCCUGUGCCUCUGCUAGGACUUUACGGUCUGUCAUCCACUAUUCCAUCUGGAUUAAUCUGAAUGACUGAGUCUUAACUGUCUGUUUCAAGUGAGAAGGACUUUUUCUCCAUCAAAUCAAUCCACAAAAUUCAAGUCUAUUUUUCUUUUUCAGUCUUCUUCAAAACAACUCAACGCUCCGUCUGAAGCUGUGUAACUAAUUGAUCUUUUUAAUCUGCUGGGAAGGAACACAACAUUAGGUGGCAUUGAGCUGCAUUUUAAAAGGAAUUCAAGCAUUGCUUUGGUUUCAAUGGGUAUUUAUAAGCAUUAAUAUAAUCCUAAAUUCUUUUUUUAUUUAUAUCUGUCAUGAGUUUGGUAUGUUGCUGGCUGUUUCUUAUGGAUAUCUGAACAAAUGUAAUAAAAUGCACUGGAAUCAGAUGGAAAAA